UCUGGAGGCUCAUGCACAAACACUUGGCGAUUGCAGGCCGCAGAUGGGACAAACGCCAGGCGGUGAGCGCUUUCAUGACUGCGCGCAGGGAUUAUAGAGCAGACGUCGCUGCCACUCAGCGGCUAGAGAUGCACGCACUUCAUGACUUAGAGAUGCUGGUUUUUAACAACAGUUCCUGGAAUAUCAUUGCUCCUGCAGCCCGAACUUGCGAGGUGCGCUCCUUGGCAUUUAGAUUCAUCAGCGCCUGUGCUUGCAUGAUCUGGGAACGCCAUUGCGAUGUGCACGCUCGUCCAGAUAUUGCAGUUUUCGCCCACAUGGAGAGUGUUGAUGACUUCAAGAACUGGUUCCAGGCUUUACCUUGUCAGCACAUCCUUGGCCCAUUCUUGUCUUCGUGGUCUGAGUACUGGCGAGGCGACGGCUCGGAGGACAGCCGUUUUGGGCCAGCAGCGUUUGCAGACCUCUGGAGUGUCAAGGUCAUGUUCCAAGAGGACACUGCUGCCAUCGAAGACGGGCACGCGUCCAUCCGAAGGGACGUGGUCAUUGCCAGCACGCAGACGCACUCGCCGAAGCUCUUCAGUGUGAGCGCCAAGCACCUCUCACGCGCUGUUCGGCAGCAGCGCCGAGCUGCGCCGCGUGCGCGCGCUGGCGGUGUCGGCGCAGGUGCGGUGGAGAGCGGCGCGGAGCAGGCAGGCGAUGAGGCUGAUGCAGCGCCGCGGCCCAGCAAGCGCAUGAAGGGGAACUGGGCUUAUCGCGCCUGGGUGUCGCAGGAGACGCGGGGGUCAGCAACUGGUUGCGCCGUCCCUGGCCUCGGCGCCAGGUUCAGUCUUCUCAGCCAGGCCCAGCUGGAUGACCUCGCCCAGCGAGGCCGUGAUGCCGAGGCUGCUUAUGCGGCGGGCGGCCGCGGUUUCGGCCCGAGCAAAAAGGACGUCGAGAGGGCGAACCGCAGAGAGCGGGCCGCGUGCGAGCAGCGGCGCAUGCUCGACGAGCUGCGGACCUCUGGAGCCCUCGUCGGAUGUCCUGAGCCGAAGGAGGUGCGCGAGCUCGGGCUUGUGCCCGUCACGGCUUGGGAUCAGCAGCUGGCGCAGGUCAUGUCGGUUGAGUAUCGGAAGAAUCGGAGGGAUGCGGCUCUGGAGCGUUUGACCGAUGAGGCCCUCGCCACUUUCGUUUCUUAUGGGGUUGGGGAGUCCGUGAAGCAGUUGCAGGAGGCGGUCGAGUCAGUCUGCCCUCGUUAUCGGCCAGAGCCUAGCGCUGCUACCGCUGCUGCUGGCUGUUCUUUCGUCCACCACUCUGCGCCUGUGAGUUGUUUUGCAGCUUCGUGUGCGACGGACAUUUCGUCGCGCGCAUGUUCUAAUCGAGAUAUGCAGCGCGCACACGCCACUCUCAUCGGCCACUUCAAGGGCGUACACGAGCCGAUCUUGUAUGGCAGCGUCCCGAGGUUGAGCAAAAGCAAGUGUGAAUCUCGGGCCAGCACAUGCUACAAAUACAAUUGCAAGAUGUGCGAUGACGCUGGGAAGAUAACACUGUACAUGCACAAAAAGUUCAAUGCUGCUGUUGUGAAGCGUUUGCGUGCGAGGGCGGUACUUCCAUGCCUUUCGAAUUCUGAUGUUGCUUAUCUUUUGACGUGCCGUUCGGAGCUGGAGUGCGAUGGUGGCAGUGUAUCGGAGCCCAUAAUCAUCGAUCAGCAAAUGUACCACUGCGGCUGGCAGACGCUGGCUGCUCGAGACUUUCACGGCUACUUCCACAAGUUGAACGUGGAGUGCAAGGGUGAUGUUAUUGAGUUGGACGCUUUGUCGGCCACUGGUGGGCCGGGCUACCCAGGUCGCGGCACGUGGGAGUUCUCGCGCCAGGUGCACUUGCUGAGGCGUCUACGCAAGGACGUUCGCUGGUCUAUCCGCUUCUUCACUUUCAGCAAGGGCAGCCGCGUGAUUGGCCGCUUGACCCCAGCUGAUUUCAUCGUCCACGAGCUCGCGUGUGCGGAGCCCGCCAAUCGCGAGAUUGAGUUCUGGGGCGGCCAGUUCGACGCCGACGAGGCUCUUAAGCGGAAGAAAAGAUCGGACCCUUUGCCCUUGAGCGACAUCGACAAGUCUGAUAUCGUCGACCCCGACGGAGGCAGCGGGUCCCACAUCGACACGGAUGGCAUCAAAUGUUCUUCUGCAUCUUCGGCCGAUGUCAUUUUUGGGAACGUCAAGGAUCGUUGCCGCAGCCCUCGUGGCCGCGGCCACGGCGGCGAUGAUGUCCUUGGAGGUGGCGCUGGCGGCAGCUGUAGUGACCGCCGCUACCAGGGCGGCGGGGGGCAUUGCGGCGUCGACGGGGGCAAGCCGCCCUCCUUGUUCUCCGAGGACUCCCUGGACCGCUUGCGCGACGAGUGGUUCGAGGAGGACCUUGCGGCUGCUGCAGCGGCAUCUUUCAUGGCCAGGCUUCUGUAG